AUGAAAACCGUAUCUGAUAAAAUCGCCGCAUCCACAAUUGAAACGUGCAAGGGGAACACCGCUAGAAAGUUACCUGCUGUGUUGGUAAUGCACGCCUUCGGUGGCUGCAGCGAGUUCGAAAGCGGAAGAGCAGCCGCUCUCGCAAAUUUGGGCUUCGUCGCCCUUGCAGCCGAUGUCUAUGGAAAAGACAAGAAAGGAGGAACUGUGCAGGAGAACUUUGCUUUAAUGAAACCGCUGGUAGCUGACAGAAUGGGCCUUCUGAAGAAACGUCUGCUGGCUGCAGUCGAAGCCAUACGCAGUUUACCUGAAGUAGAUCCGGAAAGG